UCAAUGAUACAUUCAGAAGAAGAAAGUAUUAAUAAUAGUUUUACACCUGAAUCGUAAUAUUCAUUCAUUAUCGAUAGACAAGACUAAAACCAUGAAGAGCAUAAAAAUAAAGACUCCAAAAAAUAUGCCAUUAUUGAUUAAUCAAUUCGUAUUCAAUUACUACGACGUAUAAUUUCCAAAUAGGCAACAAUAAAGGAUGCUGCUAAAGAAUUUGGAGUUAAUUUUUCAACUGCUAAAGCAAUUUUACAAACUUAUAGGAAGGAAGGAAGAAUAGGAAAGAAAAAAACUAGAGAAAGAAAUAAGAACAGAUAGGAAUCUGGAGAAAAUAGUUCCCCUAGAAAGAUUUAAUCAAUGUAUAAUUUAGAAUAGCCUCAAUACAUGAGACCAAUCUCUCCAGAACGUAAACCUUAAGCUCAAACCAUUUAACCUAUAUUUCCUGUGAUGAGCUCUCCUAAUUUAGACAAUGCAGGAGCUUAAAUAGCAUUGGCACUCUGUUAAAGGGAAUUAGCUCAAUAAAAAUUAAUUAAUUUCUAAUUAAUGAUGAUGAUUCAAGUAACCUAGAAUCUUUAUUAAUUUAGAACUUCAAAAAUAUUUCAUAAUAAUAAGUCAAAGAAGAACCCAAUAUAAUUAAUUGA